AUGUCUGCUGUGAGACCGAGAAGUCGCCUGGGAUGCCACACGUGGGUUCUUCUUGCUAUGAUUCACCUUGCCAUGGACUUCUCGGUGUGCAGCCCCACGGCCCCGGCGCCAGGGAACAAGCUGACGCCCAGGUCAGUACCGAGGCUAAGGGCUGGCCCCACGCUGUUGUGGGAGGCCCCGAGCAGACCGCCCUGGAGGGCGCACGGUUUGGGGUGGAAGAGGGGUCUGCACCCGCUCCAGAAACCCGGCAGCAAGACCGGGAAGAGCACCGCACUGGCAAGCCAGAAGCACAGGGGCCCAAGCCACAGGGGCCCGCACUGCGAGGCAUGCCAGUUGCAGGCCUCUUCCGGUGAAGCCUUGGACUCACUGGCACCUCCAGAGGGCAGAGGUGCAGACACAGCGGCCUCGCCAGUGCGGCUGCGCAGGCAGGUCAAGUGGGAUCCCUACGAGAGGCUGCACGACAGCAGGACCACGACGGUGCCUGGAUUUAUCGACUGGGGGCCGACAGGGGGUGACGACGGUGGCGAGGAUGACGGGCGCGUGGUGCCCAACUCAACGGCGGCCGCAAAGGCAUUCACCACGACCACGGCUGCCCCUGUCAUCACCACCACCACCACGAAGAGGCCCAGAAACUCUGUUGUAAACUAUGUGGUGACUACAGCGUAUCCCAGAAAGCAGAGCACAACACCACCUAGUUUCAGCUUCGGGGAGACCGUCAAACCACCAAAGCCAUUCGGAGACACAGCAGGUUUGGCUGUUCAUCAGAUUAUUACAAUCACUGUGUCUCUCAUCAUGGUCAUCGCAGCCUUGAUAACAACUCUCGUCCUUAAGAACUGCUGUGCACAAAGCGGAAAUGGCCGCCACAAUAGCCAUCAGCGGAAGAUGAACCAGCAGGAGGAAAGCUGCCAGAACCUGACGGACUUCACACCGGCCCGCGUGUCCAGCAGUAUGGAUAUCUUCACGGCCUACAACGAUAGUCUGCAGUGCUCACACGAGUGUGUGCGCACCCCCGUGCCCGUCUACACCGAUGAGAUGAUCCAGCAGACGCCCGUAUAUAAGACAGCAUAUAAUGGAAAUAGACCUCCGCCAACAGAAAGGCAGCUAAUUCCUGUGGCCUUCGUGUCUGAGAAAUGGUUCGAGAUCUCCUGCUGAUCGGCCAAAGUACCAAGACAGGACAGGACUUCCUCGCAUUGUUUCUCGGAUCCCUCUGGUGAACCUCUGAACGAAGCAAAACAAGCAAUUUCGUGAACUAAAAAAUAAAAAAAAAAUAAAAAAAGAACAGCCGGCUUUAUUGAACAGCGGGAACUCUCCGACACAAGAAAAUAAAUUUAUUUUUCUAAAAUGGAGAUGAGAAAGCGAUUGAGAUGCCUCUGACAGUUAUUUUAAAGAGACAAAUAUUUAGAGUAUAUAUAUAAUUACGUGUGCGUGCUGAAACGUGAAGCAACUUCUGCAGACAUCUCCACGGCAAAGGAAAAGCGCGGGAGGGUCCCGUUGGCGAGAGUGGAAUUGUAUUAUUACUGACAAAAAUGUGCCAAUGAUGCCACUAUGUGCCAGAGUCUGUACAGAACUCAUUCAGGACGCCAUGGAUUAAUAAAGACAUA